CCUCGUCAAGGUAAUAGUACUGCGGGCAAAGUUAUUAUGGACCUUCCAAUAUAUCAAUAAGAACUCAAAGGAAGAUUUAGAUAAAGAAGAAGGCAGUAACUUGCUGAAGAGCCCUUCAGUCACACCAGAGAUGGAAAAGUUGAUGAAGAUCGGUGUUUGUACGACUGUCGGUGCAGUUGGAGGUGCUAUUCUAGCACCUGUUGCAUUGGCUGGUGUGGGCUUUACUUCUGCAGGAAUUACUGCUGGGUCUUGGGCUGCUUCCAUGAUGUCAGCCUCUGCCAUUGCCAAUGGUGGGGGUGUUGUAGCCGGAGGUUUGGUUGCCACCCUACAGACCAUGGGUACUGUAGGCAUUGGUGCUGUGGGCUCGGCUGUUGCGGGAUCAGUUGGUGCCGCAGUAGGGGGUGUUGGGGCAGCAUUAUUCAGGAGGUAAUUAAGAUCUAAAAUCAAACACCAUAUGUUAGAGGAUAAAAUGUUGAGGAUUUGUAAUACCAAUAAUAAUGAUGACAGAGCUGAUAAGCAACUACAGAACAUGAAUAUAUUAGAUGUAUGAAAAUCAAUCCAUUUUCUACUAAAGAAUUUGGGAAACAACAAAGAAAAAUUGGUAUUGUUCUUUCCUCUAUAAUUUCAGCCUUGACUGCAUUUAGUCGUGUUCCAUGAUAAAAGCAUUUUUUGCUUUAAAAAUGCCCCUCCCAUUUAAAGAAAAAAAAGUGAUUUUAUAAGAUGACACCAAGGAUUUAGAAGCUAUUGAACAGUAGAGAAUAUCAAUUUUCUAUUACAUAUAAUUGAACUUGUGUCAUAUUUAAUUAGGAUUGUGCUCCUGUAUGUAUGUUACAUAAUGAAAACUAGUAUAUUAACUUUGUAUUAUUAUAUAUCUUGUACUACUAAUUAGGUUAUUGUAAAACUAUCUAGAAUGUUAGUUAAUGAUAAUUCUACAGAUUUUGAAAUUAUAACGAGUACUAUUUUUUUUUUU